UAGAUGAGGUAGAGACUAAAGAGUACUAGUAAAAGUAGAAGAGUGAGAUGAGGAAGUUGAGAUGGGUCCGGGACGGCGACGGGUUAUGGGACAUGGACGUUUCAACUCCGGUGACCCUCAACGGUGUGGCCCGGCCCAUACCCGGUGACCCAAUCCCAUCGGUGCUUGGAUUGUCAAGAGGAAUUCGGUUAUCAAGACCCAAACAAGUCGAUUUCUUUCAGCGAUUUAUGUUCAUGCCCUUCAUUCCUUGUCACUCAACUCCUCCAAGUUCUCAUAAUAAUAAUAAUAAUGGCGGCGGCUUCUUUCUUCAACGUGUUAUCACCCUACCUACUUUCUCCCUUGAUCGCUGGUUUGGAACGGUGCUUGGUCAAUUCAAUGUACAAAAGUUUGUAUCUGGUAUCAAGAAAAAUGGAUUCAGACAACCUACUGAUCAAUCUCCGUGGUUUCAAAGCAUUGCCAGACAUCUAAGCGACAAGUCUCUAUAUGCGGUUGAUUUCUGUUCAGAGUUUUUCUUAUCAAAUGAUGAUUCCCUUCUUCUUAGCUUAGAAUCUUACGGUGAUGAUGACUUCAAGACGUCACGAAAGAAGGCAGUUUUCCAUCACAGGUUCCCGCAUCAUAAUCUAACUCUAGAAGCAGCUUCUCCUGGACUGUUUGUUGACAACGGUGGGAAUUUCUGGGAUGUCCCUUUGACAAUGUCAAUUGAUCUAGCAUCUGUUGCUUCUGAAAGUGGCCCAAGCUACCACGUUUGCAUCAACCAUAAUGCUGGUCCUCCAAAACAAUUUGGAAACCAUCAAAAUGGUGCAGUGACUGCCUCUUUACAGCCUGGUUUCUCUGCCACAGCUGCUUUGUCUUUUAAAAAUGGAAUCGACAUAUGGAGAAGUGAAGCACCAAAGUUGAAAAUGGUGCAACCAUAUGAUGUAUUUCUCUCCAAUCCUCAUAUAUCAGCGUCAGGAAUCGUUGGAGCUGUAAUGACUGCGUGUUUUGGAGAUAAUGCGGUUAAAGCGGCACCAGGAGAUCGCUUUAAUGGUUCUAACCAUAAAGGGUUUGGUCUUGGUGCAAGGAGGGGCAAAUGUGCUAUCUUAGCUGAUUCAUUUGCGACUGUGUCACUCUCAGCUCAGUAUGGAACUUUUCAGAAGAUGUUCCUUGAUCUAACACGUGUUCAGGCUCUCCUCGAUUUCCCUUCUGGUGCAACUUUUGUUUCAGGUGCUGCUCGUGUGACAAAAGAUCUGUAUGACAGCCGCACACCUGAUCUGGAUAUAGUUCAAAAAAUCUGCCCCAGUACGACCCUUUCAUUUCAGCAGCAGCUUGCCGGACCUUUCAGCUUCAGAGUGGAUUCUGGUGUAGAAUUAAGUCUUAAAAAGGAUGACAGACUUGUGAAAGUGAAGGAUCCUGUAUUUGCUAUAGAGUAUGCAUUACAAGUUCUUGGUUCUGCGAAAGCUGUGGCAUGGUACUCACCGAGGCAGAAAGAGUUCAUGAUCGAGCUGCGUUUUUUUGAGAGCUGAAUCAUACAGUAUCAUGUCAACCCUACUGAUAUACUACUGUAGUUUCUUGUUUUCUUUUGACUGUCUAGUGAAUGGCAAACUGUUGAUCUGCAUAUUACUAGCAAUUAGGGAAGUGAUGACGGUUUGUGGAGCUUUAAAUGAACACCCACAUCAUAUUGAUUGAUGAA